CGACGUAUUGCGUCACCGUGGGCGGAAGUGGCGCCGGUUGUUUUGAAAUCGGCUGGCCCGGGGCUUUCGAGUUCCUUCCCACGUAAAGGACCGCCGUGUCCCAAUUCCGGGCCGGUCCCCUGACACCUGCCUUUGUGCUCCUGCAGGCCAGGGGUCGCAGCCGCGCCAUGUCCACUCCUCCGUUGGCCGCAUCGGGGAUGGCGCCGGGGCCCUUCGCCGGACCCCAGGCUCAGCAGGCCGCCCGGGAGGUCAACACGGCGUCUCUCUGCAGGAUCGGGCAGGAGACUGUGCAGGACAUCGUGUACCGCACGAUGGAGAUCUUCCAGCUCCUCAGGAACAUGCAGGUGGGCGUGCGACACGGGCAGCUAGCGGGGUGCUUCUGGGAGCAACUUAUUCCAUAUGUGGAAGAAGAAGGCUCAAAGAAUGAUGAUCGGGCUGGCCUGCCACGUUUUGCUAGUGAAGAGAGACGAGAGAUUGCUGAAGUAAAUAAAAAACUCAAACAGAAGAAUCAACAGCUGAAGCAAAUUAUGGAUCAAUUACGAAAUCUCAUCUGGGAUAUAAAUGCCAUGCUGGCGAUGAGGAACUAAACUGAUAUUUAAAUUUCCUGCUCUACAUAUAUUAUGCAUUGUUUUUUUCCCUUAAAUAUAUUUUCCCUUUGAAAAAGAUUAUUUAUCUACUUUAAUUUUAGUUACUAGAACUAAAGUUCCUAUAUUUACAUUGUGGCUUUACUGUAUUCAUUAACUUUUUUUUUUUAAUGCUGUUGAUUCAAUGAAAGAGUAUUAUAAUAAACUGUGAUAGGGCUUGAGCUUUGGUUAGUCUUCAUGAUUGAAUAAUUGUUUAUAAAAGCAAAAUAAAGUUAUAUAUAUAUUUUUAAAUUUGA